GGGCGGGGCAGCAGCCGCAGGCCCACGCCGUAAACAGACAAUAUGGCGGCGGCGGCGGUGGCGGCGGCGCCUGGGACCUUGGGCACCUUGCAGGCCGGCCGCGCUCGCUGGGUGGCCGCUUGCUGUGCGCGGCUUCGCCCCGGGUGGAGGCUGCCCGGUUCCUUAACAGGCCCGCGGGCCGCCCCGGCGAUAUGGGCCCGGGGCUGGGCGCCCGCGGUCGGGGGCUCGGCCCCGCGGAGGGGCUACAGCUCUGAAGUGAAGACGGAGGACGAGCUGCGGGUGCGGUACCUGGAGGAGGAGAACCGAGGAAUUGUGGUGCUUGGAAUAAACAGAGCUUAUGCCAAAAAUUCAUUCAGUAAAAAUCUGAUAAAAAUGCUCUCAAAAGCUGUGGAUGCUUUAAAAUCUGAUAAGAAAGUGCGGACCAUAAUAGUCAGGAGUGAAGUCCCAGGGAUAUUCUGUGCUGGUGCUGACCUUAAGGAGAGAGUCAAAAUGAAUCCCAGUGAAGUUGGUCCUUUUGUCUCCAAAAUAAGAGCAGUGAUUAAUGAAAUCGCUAACCUUCCAGUGCCAACAAUUGCAGCGAUAGAUGGACUUGCUUUGGGUGGUGGCCUUGAGCUGGCUCUAGCAUGUGAUAUACGCGUAGCAGCUUCCUCUGCAAAAAUGGGCUUGGUUGAAACAAAGUUGGCAAUCAUUCCUGGUGGAGGGGGGACGCAGCGCCUGCCACGCGCUAUCGGGAUGUCCCUGGCCAAAGAGCUCAUCUUCUCUGCACGCGUGCUUGAUGGCCAAGAAGCCAAAGCUGUGGGCUUGAUCAGCCAUGUUCUAGAGCAGAACCAGGAGGGGGAUGCUGCCUACCGCAAGGCCUUGGACCUAGCAAGAGAGUUUUUACCUCAGGGACCCGUUGCAAUGAGAGUGGCAAAAUUAGCCAUUAAUCAAGGGAUGGAGGUUGAUUUAGUAACAGGAUUAGCCAUAGAAGAAGCUUGUUAUGCUCAGAUGAAUUCUGAAGGCAGUGUGAGAGCAGGGCGCCUGACGGGGAGAAUUGAGGACGCCGAGGACAGCCCAAGACACGUACCUCGGGUGGUCGGGGCCAGCCCUCGUGGUCCCCAUCCACGCAGCGCGAGCCUCGGGAUGUAAGAAAGUGAAGAGCGGGUUGGCCAGAGAAGUUCAAACUCCUCACAGCGUCUCUUGGAUUGAGUCAUCGUUCUUUUGAGUUGUCUAUUAACACUUUCUGGAAACACACACUUUUCAUGAAGCUCAGAACUUGCUCACAAGUGGCCCUAAUUGGAGCGCUUUAAAAAAUACAAGAAAUGUGUGACGUGCCGUACAUGACAGGAAGUGUCAGCCCCCAGCUGACUUGGUGGAAAGGUACGCGGAUGGCUGGACAGCUGUGGCGGGUGUAGUGGUCGGCGGCUCUCUUAGAUGCUGGCACGCACCAGGAAAAGGCACUUUUUCUCCCUCCGGUCCUUGUGGGCGUGAGAUUGUCAAACCACUCUCCUCAAAAGACCAACGGUUUGAUCCCGUUCCAUCUCUUGUGCUGUACUCCCGAGUUCAGGGAGAGUGUGAUCUCUCACCGGGCUGUGCGUAUGUGAACGUGUUUGCAUGUGUAGAUAGGAAAAUUUGUGUUGAAUUUCCCAUCAAACUCAACAGAACUGACAGUUUGAAUUGUAUCCGGUGUCCCCCAGGGAUGAGCUAGUGUUGGAAAGUGAACAUGAGGAGGAGUGUCCUGGUGAAGGGAGCCAGGGAAAGGAGCUAAGUCCUGGCCUGCGACAGGUCCUCCUUCUCUUGCCCCAUGACCUCCAGCAGAUGCAGAAUAAAGGCUACAUGUAGAAGAAAAAGACCUCAUCUUGUCUGUCACACGUGAGAACAGUUCCCCAAUCCUGCUGGCACUUGGAAGAGUUGUGUUUAGGAUGCAUUUUGGGGGCUCGAUUUCAUAACGUUUGAAUGGAUUCUGGGUUUAGAGCCCCAGCGUCAGAUUUGAAGAAAAAGACACCUUUGUGAUUUUUGUGCAUUUUUUCAUCUUAUUUUUUUUUAAAUACGUAAUUUACAUACCAUAGUAGUCACCCUUUAAACUGUACAGUUCAGUGGUCUUAGUGUAUUCACAGAGUUGUACAGCCCUGACCACUAUUUAAUUCUCGAAUAUUUUCAUCAGCCCCAAAAGAAGCCCCGUACUCACGAGCAGUCUCUCCCACUUGCUCUUCCUGCCAACCUCUAGCGACCACUUAUCUACUGUCCGUCUCUGGAUUUGCCUAUUUUACACAUUUCGUAUAAAUAGGUUUAUAUGAUAUGUAACAUUUUAUGUCUGGCUUUCUUCAUUCACUGUAAUGUUUUCAGUGUUCAUCCAUGUGUAGUAUGUAUCUGUACUUCAUCCUUUUUAUGGCUGAAAAUGCUCCAUUGUAUGUACACACCACCUUAUGUUUAUUCAGUCAUUAGUUGGCGAACUCUUAGGUUGUGUCCACUUUGGGGCUAUUAUAAAUGAUGCUGCUAUGAACAUGCAUGUACAGUAUUUGUGUGGAUAUAUAUUACCAUUUCUCUUAGGUGUUUACUCAGAAGUGGAAUUACUGGGUUAUACGACCACUUUAUGUUUAACUUUUCAAGGAUCUGCAAAAGUGGUUUCCAAAGCAGCUGUACCAUAUUACAACCCCAUCAGCAACAUACGAAGUUCUAAUUUCUCGGCACCCUCACCAACACUUGUCACUGGCUUGUAUUUUGAUUACAACCAUCCAGUAGGUGUGAAGUGGCACCUCAUUGUGCUUUUGAUUUGCAUUGUCUUAAUGACUAAUGAUGAUGAAGAUCUUCACAUGUGCUUGUCAGCCAUUUGUAGAUCUUUUUUUGGGAAAAUAUCUGUUCAGACCCUUUGCCCAUUUCUAAUUGGGUUGCCAUUUUAUUAUUGAGUUGUAACUGUUCCUUAUAUAUUGGGGAUACAAGUCAUUCUGGAUACAAGUAUCUUAUUGGAUGUGUGAUUUAUAAAUCUUUUCUCCUGUGGGUUGUCUUUUCACUUCCUUGAUGGUGUCCCUUGAAGCACUAAAGUUUGAGAUUUUGAUGAAGUUAAGUUUAUUUUUUCCUUUGUUGAUUGUGCUUUUGGUGUCAUAUCUAAGAAACCAUUGCCUAACCCAAAGUGGUAAAGAUGUGUUUUUGUCUAAGUAUUUUAUAGUUUUAGCUUUUACAUUUAGAUUUUGUAUCUAUUUUGGUUAAUUUUUGUGUGUGGUGUGAGGUAGGAUCCAACUUCUUCCUUUUGCAUGUUGAUAUCCAGUUGUCCCAGCACUGUUUAUUGAAAAGACUGUUCUUUCUUCUCUUGUAUUUUCUUGGUAACCUUGUCAAAAAGGUUAAUUUCUAAACUCUUCAUUCUACUCCAUUGUCUAUCCUUUUUUUUUUUUUUUUUUUAAAGAUUUUAUUUAUUUAUUUGAGAGAGAGAGAAUGAGAGAGAGCACAUGAGAGGGGGGAGGGUCAGAGGGAGAAGCAGGCUCCCCGCUGAGCAGGGAGCCCGAUGCGGGACUCGAUCCCAGGACUCCAGGAUCAUGACCUGAGCUGAAGGCAGUCGCUUAACCAACUGAGCCACCCAGGCGCCCACCCAUUGUCUAUCCUUAUGCCAACAUCUGCUGAUUCGAGAAUGCGGUGGUUAUUUUUUAUUCUACUGAUACGUUAUUACCUUAAUUGACUUUCAGAUAUUAGACCAACCUUGCAUUCCUGGGAUAAAUUGCUUGGUCAUGAUGUACACUCCUUUUUGCUGGAUGUGGCUUGCUAAUAUUAUAUUCAGGAUUUAUGGGUUUAUGUUUAGAAGGAAUAUUAAUGUGUAGUUUUCUUUCUUAUGAUGUCUUUCUUUCUUUGGGGUAUCAGGAUAAUACUGGUUUCAUAGAAUGAUUUAGGAAGUGUUCCCUUCUUUUUUUUAAAAAAAAAAAAAGAGUUUGUGUAGGAUUGGUGUUAAUUCUAUUAUCAUCAUUUGGUAAAAUUUAUCAGUGAGACCAUCUGGACCCGGGCUUUUCUGUGUUGGAAAUGCUUUGAUUAUGAAUUCACCCUCUUAUUUUACCUCUAUACAGAUAUUCUUUUUUUUUUUUUUUUUUUUUUUUUUUUAAAGAUUUUAUUUAUUUAUUUGAGAGAGAGAGAAUGAGAGACAGAGAGCACAAGAGGGAAGAGGGCAGAGGGGGAAGCAGACCCCCGCUGAGCAGGAAGCCCGAUGUGGGACUUGAUCCCGGGACUCCAGGAUCAUGACCUGAGCCAAAGGCAGUCGCUUAACCAACUGAGCCACCCAGGCGCCCUCUCUAUACAGAUAUUCUAUUUCUUUUUGAGUCAGCUUCAAUACUUUGCUUCUUUUUAGGAAUUGUAAAUUUCAUCUGGGUUAUGUAAUUUCACAUACAGGUGUUCACAGUCCUUAUUUCUAUAAGGUCAGUAGUAGUUUUCCCUUCUUUCAUUCCUGAUUUUAGUAUUUCAGGCUUCUCUCUUUUUUUUCAUUGCCCAUCCAGCUAGGUUUGCCUGUUGCUUUUCAGAGUCAACUUUUCAUUUUGUUGUUGUUUUUUUUUCUCUAUUAUUUUUCUAUCCUCUUUUUCAUUUAUUUCUAUUCUAAGCUUUAUUAUUUCCUUCCCUCUACUUACUUUGGCUGUAGUUUGCUCUUAUUUUUCUAAUUUCUCAAGGUAGAAUGUUAGGUUAUUUGAUGUGAGAUCUUUUUAAUAUGGGCAUUUACAACUAUACAUCUCUCUCUAAGCAUGCUUUAUUUGCAUCCGUAAGUUUUUAUAUGUUUGUGGAAAAGAGUUAACAUAACAGGUCAAACUACUAUCCUUGGGAAGGGCUGACUGCAAGAUUGGCCCCUGGCCUUCAUUUGGAAACUUAGAUUUGGGGAAGUUCCCACCAUUUCCAGAACUGAUAAGAGUUAUGCCUGCACUGUACAAACAAUAUGGUUUAUGGUUUCCUUUUUGGAGUAUGGAAUUUGGAUAUCUAUCAAGCAGAGUGUGCCUGCAUGUCUAGCCCCCGCAGAAACCCUGGGCUCUGAGUCUCCAGUGAGGUGUUGACAACACUUCACACAUCUGGUUAUACUUUGUUGCUGGAGGAAUUAAAUUCGUCCUGUGUGCCUCCACUGGGAGAGGACCUUUGGAAGCUUGCAACUGGUCUCCCCUGAUACUCACCCCUACACCUUUUCCUUUGUUGCUUUUGCUUGGUAUCCUUUUGAUUGUAUAAUAUGUCAUAACCAUGAAUAGACUGUAUGCUAAGUGCUAUGAGGCUUCCUAGUAAAUCACCAACCUAAAGGUGGUUUGGGGACCCUAACACAUGUGGUUUUGUUUUCAUUCAUCUCAAAGUAUUUUUAAAUUUCUCUUGUGUUUUUUUCCUAUGUCCUUUUGGUCUUUUAGGACUGUGUUCCUUAAUUUACAUAUACUUGUGAAUAUCCCAAAUUUCCUUAUAUUAGCAAUUUCAAAUUUAAUUACAUUGUGGUUGGCAAAUGUACUUCAGUCUCAUCAUUGUAUAAUUUCAAUCCUUGGCAAAUUUUAAUGAGACUUUGUGAUCUAAAAUAUGAUCUAUCCUGGAGAAAUCCCAUGUGCAUAUGAGAGGAAUGUUAUUCUCCUGUUGCUGGGUGGAGUGUUCUAUUAAGUCUGGUUCAUUUGUAGUCCUGUUUCAUUCUUUUUUUUUUUUUUUCUUUGAAGAUUUUAUUUAUUAGAGAGAAUAAGCAGGGGGAGGCACAGAGGGAGAGGAAGAAUCAGACUCCCCACUGAGCAGGGAGCCCGAUGCGGGACUGACCUGAGCCGAAGGCAGAUGCUGAACCAACUGAGUCACCCAGGCACCCUUCAUUCUUUUAUUUUUUUUUUAUUUUAAUUUUUUUUUAAGAUUUUUAUUUAUCCAUUUGAGGGAGAGAGAGUGAGUGAGAGAGAGAACACAAGCAGGGAAGGGGUGGGGGAGGAGCAGAGGGAGAAGCAGACUUCCUGCUGAGCAGAAGCCUGAUGUGGGGCAUGAUCCCAGGACUCAGGACCACGACCUGAGCCAAAGGCAGACACUUAACUGACUGAGCCACCCAGGCGCCCUUGUUUCAUUCUUUUAUUUCCUUGUUGGUCUUCUACUUGUUCUAUUCAUUAUUUAAAGUGAGAUAGUGAAGCCUGCAACCACUGUUGUUGAAUUGUCUAUUUCUCCCUUCAGUUCUGUCAGGUUUUGCUUCAUGUAUUUUGAGACUCUGUUGUUAUGCAUAUGUAUUCAUUAUUAUUAUGUCUUCUUGAUGGAUUAAUCCUUUUAGCAUUAUAAAAUGUGCUUCUUUGUCCAUAGUAGCUGUUAUUUUUUUUGAAGUGACAUAUAUAUUUAAUCAUUUCACAUUAUAAUAUAAACUUACAAUUAGUGUUGGCACCACCAACAGUAAAUUUGGUCAUCUGUCUUCUGAUGUACAUGUAGCUGUUAUUAUCUUAAAGUCUGUUUUGUCUGAUAUUAGUAUAGCCAUUCCAGUUCUCUUAGUUACUUUUUGACGAUAUAUUUUGUCUAUCCUUUUGCUUUCAACCUAUUUACAUCUUUGAAUCUAAAGUGUAUUUCUUGUACACAGCAUAAAGUUGGAUCAUAUCUUUUAAUUAGUUCUGCCCAUUCUGCCUUUUGAUUAGUGUUGGACCAUUUACAUUUAAUGUAAUUAUUGAUAAGGUAAGAUUUACAUCUGCCACUUUGCUAUUUGUUUUCUACAUGGCAUGUCUUUUUCCCCCUCUGUUCCUGCAUUACUGGUUUUCUAUGUUUAACAGGUAUUUUCUAAUGUACCAUUUGAAUUUCCUUAUCAUUUCAUUUGCUAUAUAUUUUUUGACUUUUUUGGGGAAUUACAAUUAAAUCCAUCUUAACUUAUAAAAUCUGUUUUGGGUCAAUACCAACUAAUUCCACAGACUUUACUCCUGUGUAAGUUUGUACCCUUCUGCUUCCUCUGUGCUAUUAUUGUCAUAGGAUUUAAAUCUGUAUGCAUUAUAAGUCUGUGAGAACAGCUCUAUAACUAUUGUUUUACACACUUGUCUUUUAAUUCUGAUUGGAGGCAAAAAAGGUAAAGAUGAAAAAUACAUUUAUACUGUGAUUUUUUUUUUUUUAACGUGUUGUUACCUUUACCAGUACACUUGAUUUUUUUCAGUGGAUUUGAAUUACUCUCUAGUUAGUGUCCCUUCAUUUCAACCUAAAGGACUCCCUUUAUAGGAUUUAUUGUAG